AUGGCAUCUAACAAAGAGGACAUGGAGCAAGUGCGAAACGCAUCUGCCGAGAAUGAGCACAAAAAGAAGGAGAACACAGGAAGCAUCACUACUUCCACCAACCACACCGACGACAGCGGUUUCACGCACCCUCAGCAUGACAACAGCGCAGGCAAAAAGCCCGAGGCCGACUCCGCCAGUGGUGUUACUACGGCCGCCAACCGCACGACCGAUAGUGGCUUCACCUCGCCUGGGGAUGACAUGAGAAAGACUCGCAGCAGCAUUAAACAAGACUCUAAAAACUCGAAUAUAUAA